GACAGUUUAAACCCCUCCUGUUCUCUUCCUUUGAGACUGCGUGUCUUUCUCCUGUGUUAUACUUUCACAAAGACACUAUGUCCAGGUUCAUAUUUAGUCUACUUUCAUAUCGUUCUACUCCAUAUGCCUAGUUACAACAAGAAAAAUAACAUUGUGACUUUUUUCUUUUCAUUUUAUCAGAUGAUCUCAUUGGUGUUGAUGUCUAUUGGCAUUUACGCGAGGAUGAUGAAACAUGCCGAGGCAGCCAUGGCCUGUCUAGCGGUGGACCCUGCCAUCCUGCUGCUGAUCGUGGGGGUUCUCAUGUUCUUCAUCACCUUCUGUGGCUGUGUGGGCUCCCUCAGAGAGAACAUCUGCCUCCUACAGACAUUCUGCAUCUUCCUGACUAUCAUCUUUCUGCUGCAGCUAGCUGCAGGUAUCCUGGGCUUCGUCUUCUCAGAUAAGGCACGGAAUAAAGUGAGUGAGAUCAUCAACAAUGCCAUCGUUCAUUAUAGGGAUGACAUUGACCUACAGAACCUCAUCGAUUUUGGUCAGAAAGAGUUCAGCUGUUGUGGAGGUGUCACCUACACCGACUGGUCUCAGAACAUGUACUUCAACUGCACCACAGACAACCGCAGCCGAGAGCGCUGCUCUGUUCCCUUCUCCUGCUGCCUGCUGUCUAGAGAUGAGGCGGUCAUUAACACAAUGUGUGGUCAGGGGAUGCAGGAGCUGCCAUUCCUGCAGGCUGGUGCCUUCAUCCACACCAAUGGCUGCAUCGACAAGCUGGUCAACUGGAUCCACAGCAACUUGUUCAUGCUAGGGGGCAUCGCCCUGGGUCUGGCUAUCCCACAGCUGGUGGGGAUCACCUUGUCUCAGAUUCUGAUCAACCAGAUAAAGGACCAGAUUGAGCUUCAGAACUACAACCUGCAGCACCGUACAGACCCUUGGCAGUAACCUGGUCAUGAUUAGGUCCUACCCGAUCAAACUGGACCAGGACUAGAUCAUCAACCCCAGGGUCACCCAGGGGGUGUGGGAGUCUGGAAUUCUACCCCCUUCUGCUGGAUGGGGCUCAAGCUUUCAUGUAGAUGUUGUUCAAUUUCAAGGCUGCUUGAUCAUUUCAAUGGUGCAAGGACUGGCUUUGAGGCCAAAGAUUCUGGUUGGAUGAGCCACCAUUUGACAAGAGUCGAGACGUCGAAGUGGUCUGCUCUCUUUCUGCGUUCUUGAUUCUUAUGCAUGUCUAUUUUUGUUCAGUAUAUAUUCUAACCAACUGAGCUACCAGAACCAAUGGUUUAUUUCCUGAAUGGGUUGAUGUGGCUGAGGGACAAGACCCAUGUGAAAUGGCUGAGAAACCAAGAUUCCGAAAAAGUCCAGAUGCCUGGACAGUGUGUCAAUGUCUGCUUGUUUCGUUUUAGCUCACCCAGUAUUCCGGAUGGUUAGCGUUUUCACUUUAUGACCAAUGGAAUGGUCAGUGUUGAAACUCUGCCCACCCUGUGCCCCAGGGGAGCUAAAAGGAAUGCAUCUAAUCAGGAAGUACUCCAGCCAGACAGCCAAUGGAGAACUCCUCCAUUCACACCUAUUCGUCAUUUGACUCAUCUCAAAUAUGGCACGAUCUGUAAUUUAUUGAAAAGGGAAAAAACCCAGCAACCGGAGUACAAACACUGCUGAAAUAAUGUAGACUCUGUCCAGUUACUUUUUUGUCAAUGCUGUUUACGCCAUUGAUCUGUUAUUUAUAUCCAUCCAGUUAUCCCCUAAUACUCUCAUAGGGUUGAGAACAAGACAAUUCUGUCGGCACUUCUCAAAUAUGGAAGAGCAAAGCCAAGUAAUGUAAUAAAGCUCAUUAGCUAAUGGUGUGUAUGUUAAAUCUCCCAACUGUAGUUUGCCAUGCAUGCUAUAACAAGUUUUAUAAACUGGGUCUUUUGAUCGCUGAUUGGCUGAGAGCUGUGGUAUAUCAGACCAUAAACCACGUGUAUGACAAAGCCUUUCUUUUUACUGUGCCAAUUAUGUUGGUAACCAGUUUGUAAUAGCAAUAAGGUACCUCGAGGGAUUGGGGUAUAUGGCCAAUAUACCACGGCUAAGGGCUGUACCUAGGCACUCAGCGUUGCGUCUUGCGUAAGAACAGCCCUUAGCCGUGGUAUAUUGGCGAUAUACCACACCCCCUCGAGCAUGAUUGCUUAAAUAAAUCAUUGCACAUGCUGCUUACGCCAAAUCCUGACUCGUUGGACCAGACAAUGUUUUUCCACUCAGUUGUCUAGUGUUAGUGAUCGCGUGCCCACUGGGACCGCUUCUUCUUGUUUUUAGCUGAUAGGAGUGGAACCUGGUGUGGUCACCUGCUGCAAUAGCCCAUCCGUGACAAGGACCGACGAGUUGUGCGUUUCGAGAUGCCGCCUGUUAGCUUGCACGAUUUUUGUUUGUCUCACCAUUCUCGGUAAACCCUAGACAAGCCCAGGAGACCGUCCGUUUCUGAGAUCCUGGAACCGGCGCACCUGGCAUCAACGAUCAUACCACGCUCAAAGUCACUUGGGUGACUCGUUUUGCCCAUUCUAACAUUCAAUUGACAACAACUUAAUGCCUCGAUGCCUAUCUGCAUGCUUUAUAUAGCAAGCCAUUGACAAGCGACUCGCUGUCUGUAGGAGCGACCCAUUUUCGCGAACGGGGUGGUUUACCUAAUAAUCUGGCCAGUAAGUGUAUAUUUCAAGCUAAAUUGACUGUAAAUACAUUCCUUUCAAUAAAUCAUAUCGUUUACAUAUGAAGCAUUGUGGGUAUCAAUACAGACCAAUAAUGUAAUUGUAGUUUAUUACUCACUGAGCUACUAGGGGAUUUCCCCAUUUGAAAGCGCCUGUCGAAACGUUGGUAAUUAAAUAUUUUUGCAUCUGAGCUCCUAGAGUGUGCGGCUCUCCUUUAUUUCCCAUUUGAAAGCGCAACAGAAAGGCCUGAUUUUAUAAUAAACAGUCUUAUUUUCCGUAACGCCUUUACACAAGCACUGGUGUUUUGAUUGGCAAGCGCUGCAACACUGGAGUUUACACUAAUGCUGUUACUCUCCAUAACAUAACCAUGUUGGGCCGUCGGCUAGCCCUGUUGGCAUUUCCCCUCACCGGGGUUGUGUUCAUUAGAGCACGCAACGGAAAUUAAAUUGAGCGCUUCCUAUGGGACAAGUCCUGUUUUAGUCCGUUUUGUUCCUAAUGAACACGACCCAGUUAGGUCCACUGGGAAUACCAGUUUUGUUUUCUCAAAAUGUGGGUCAACAUACUGUUACUGGUCAAGGCUACUGGUUAGCACUGUAUUUAAACGGUACAGACGGGUGUGGAAUUCAUUCUAGGAACUGACCCAUGUAAAAUCCUAAGAAUUAACAUUCAAAAAACACAUUUUUACAUGUUAAAAUUAUUUUCCCAAUUCCCCUUAGGUACAGAGAGUAUUUACUUUGAAUGUACGUGGUACAAUGGUAAUUACUCUCUUAUGUAAAGACAAUAGCUUAUGAAUUCUUUAUUUGUUUCUUUGGGAAUCGUCACAACAAGCACUCCAAUCCAUGUAUCAGCUAGUUGGUUACCAAUUGUGUUGAAUUCAUGUAAUUAAGUGCCAGAAACUACCCAAUGACACCAUUUGUAAUUGUCCUAAUAAACAGCAGGUAAAUACCAGUGGAAA